AUGGCAAGUGUUGCUCCAGCAGAGGCUUUCCAUUCCGAAACAUCGGAGAAGAAGCAUGAAGUGCCUGUUGGCACCGUCAGGAGACGCUCCCUUGGCGGUGGCGUUGUUCUAGUCAUUCCCGAGAAGCAGGGGCCCUUCAAGCGCAACAUGGUUUUCUGGUCCGCCAGGUUGAGGCCGCUUUUAGAGAGCCUGGUCUUCCGAGUCACCCUGGUUGCCUGCCUCAUCUUCGCGUUAUUCGGAGGGGGCUUGUUCGUCGUGAUAGAUGUACCUGAUGAUCCGGGCAUCUUGGUGCUGGACACGAUGAUGACGGCAGUCACAAUCCUUUUCGUGGCGGAGAUGGUUAUUAACGGCAUCGUCGACUACAAAACCUACCCGUUGUCAUUCUUCUUCUGGAUGGAUGCGUUGGGAACUGUCUCCAUGAUCUUUGAGAUUUCCACACUGUUGGGAAACGGUGGCAAAAUGCAAACGACAAACGGAUCAGUGGAUGCCAUGCUCAUGCGCACCGCCAGGGCUGCGAAGGUGGGUGCCCGCGUUGGACGUUUGUCCAAGCUCAUGAAAUGCUUGAGCUAUUAUUUGCGGGACAAGGACAAGAAUAUGGACAUGUCCAGUAAUCCUGCAGAAGCAAAGAAGCUGUCAACUCGUCUGAUGAUGACUCUCUCCACAAAGGUGUCCUUCUUGACCAUUCUACUGGUGCUUGCGGUGCCGCUCUUCACAAUCGGACAAUUCCCAGAACAGGACUUGUCCAUGCUACUUUGGGCGAAAAGACUGGAGACCGAAUACAAGCGGGCCUAUGAUGAGUUGGAAGGGCUCCCAGCAGGCAGCAAUUCCACCAUUUUCAAGGACUCGGUGCUGGAGAUGAAGAACUUCUACACCAUGGUCAAUUACUUUGUGUACGAAGUGCACGGCUUUGAUGCGCAGGUGAAUGUAUCAGGAAAGAUCUCUUACAUCCCUGGUGCCGAGCAGCUUAAUGAUCUGCCUGGAGUAGUCCAGAUGUCCGACAUAUACCGUGUCUCCGUGCCCGAGUGCCUUGUGGAGCGGGCUGACUGUCCAGGCAAUGCACAUAUGGACUUCAACUUUCAUAGCCCUCGACGAAUUGAAGUGACGGAAGACAUGGCCAUGGCCUUCUUCAUCAUCUUGCUGAUGAUCGGAGUCUCGACAAACCUGAACCAGACGCUUCACAAGCUGGUCGUGCAACCCAUGGAAAGCAUGCUCUCUGUGGUCAAAGACAAUGCAGCGCAGUUGUUGAAGCAGUUUGGCCUUGAAGACGACAUGGAGCAAGGCGAAGAGGAUGUGGAAGAGACAGAGUUGCUGGAGGGCAUCUUUAAGAAGUUCGCACGCCUUGCAAGUCUUGCGGCCGGGCGCAAUGAAGCCACGGCUGAAGAGCUGGCAGGCAUGGAUGAGUCGGCAAGAGGAGUUAUGAUGGACAUGAUGCGCGUCCAGGUGGCCCCACCAGUAUCAACUGACGCGGCUAACUCAAGCUCGCUCCGCAACAGUGCCAGAGAAAGUGCUACUACCGGGUCUGAAGGUAUCGAGGGUGGUGACAUGUCCGACAAACUGGAUUUGCCAGACGUGCCGGUGGUGACUUCAAUGCCUGUCCCAAGGGACACGGUGGAGUCUUGGGAGCUGGAUGUUCUGUCCAUGGAUGGCGAUGCCCAAACGAAGGUGGCCCUUCACAUUUUCUUUGAUUCCUUGGUGGGGCGAACCACGGGCCGAUACUGGACGGAGGCCGCGACCUUCAAGCGCUUCCACUCAGUGGUCAAAGCUGGGUACAACGACUUGCCCUACCACAAUUAUGCACAUGCGUGCGAUGUGCUGCACACGGUUUACAGAUUGCUUUGCCAUUCAGCAGCGAAUAAGUGGCUGUCAAGUGUUGACCAGUAUGCGCUUCUAGUGGCUGCACUUUGUCAUGACAUUGGACAUGCUGGGCGGACAAACCCUUUCUUGGUAGAGCUGGGGGAUGAACUGGCCUUGCGAUACAACGACAAGUCACCAUUGGAGAACAUGCACUGCGCGAAGCUUUUCGAGAUCGCCUCCAAAGACGAGUCCGAUGUGUUCAAGUCAAUGGACAAGGACACGAAGAAGCAAGCAAGGCGCAUUUGUAUCGCUUCAAUCCUUCACACGGACAACGCCAACCAUUUUGAAAUGGUGAGAGAGAUCAGCAAGAUCUACGAAAUGACUUCAGAAGUGUGCAAUGCACAAGCUCGACAUCCAGACCUGCUGCCCCAGUAUGUUGAGCAGGUCAUGCAGAAGAAUUGCAUGCAGUGGGUGGAGCUUUUCUUACACUUUGCGGACGUGUCGAACCCGUUGAAGCCAUUUGAUAUCUGCAAGAAGUGGGCCUGGCGGGUGUUGGACGAAUUCUUCGAGCAGGGCGAUGAGGAGAAGCGCCUUGGCCUUCCCGUUGGAAUGUUGAAUGAUCGCGACAAGAUAAAUCGGCCUGGCUCGCAGCAUGGCUUCAUCCAAUUCCUGGUCGCGCCCCUCGUGUACACAACAGUGAAAAUCUUCCCAGAGCUGCACCCUGUGUAUUCGCAAAUGGCGGAGAACCUUGACCAGUGGAAAGUGCUGUGGGUGGGAGAGACCUCACCAAGUGAUGAGGACAUUGCAAAGAAGGAAGCGGACGUGGCAAAGAUCAAGGAUCAAGCCUUGGAGCUUGAAACUCGAGUUCUUUGA